UAGCAGGGAGGGGGCCGAGGGGUGAGCCAGCGGGGGAGGCUGACAUCACCCCGGCAGCAGCCCUUUAAACCCCCCACUCAGCCAGCGCCCCAUCCUGUCUGUCCAAGUUCAGACACGGAGUGCUCCUUCCCUCCUGCGAGCCCGAGGAACCCCUCUCUCUCACAACAUGGCCAACAAGGGUCCUUCCUAUGGCAUGAGCCGCGAAGUACAAUCCAAAAUCGAGAAGAAGUACGACGAGGAGCUGGAGGAGAGGCUGGUGGAGUGGAUCAUAGUGCAGUGUGGCCCAGAUGUGGGGCGCCCGGACCGCGGGCGCCUGGGCUUCCAGGUCUGGCUGAAGAAUGGCGUGAUUCUGAGCAAGCUGGUGAACAGCCUGUAUCCCGACGGCUCCAAGCCAGUGAAGGUGCCCGACAACCCUCCUUCCAUGGUCUUCAAGCAGAUGGAGCAGGUGGCUCAGUUCCUGAAGGCGGCGGAGGACUACGGGGUCACCAAGACUGACAUGUUCCAGACUGUUGACCUCUUUGAAGGCAAAGACUUGGCGGCAGUGCAGAGGACCCUGAUGGCCCUGGGCAGCUUGGCGGUGACCAAGAAUGAUGGGCACUACCGUGGAGACCCCAACUGGUUCAUGAAGAAAGCCCAGGAGCAUAAGAGGGAAUUCACAGAGAGCCAACUGCAGGAGGGCAAGCAUGUCAUUGGCCUACAGAUGGGUAGCAACAGAGGGGCCUCCCAGGCUGGCAUGACGGGCUACGGACGACCUCGGCAGAUCAUCAGUUAGAGGGAGUGGGCCAGCCCCCAGCCCUGCCCUUCCCCAGCUCGCCGGCCGCAGCCAUCCUGCCUAGCCUGCUCACCCACACCGUGUAGUUCCUUCAGCCCUGGCCAAGCUUUGAGGCUCCGUCACUGAGCAAAGGUGACCACACUUGGGCAGCUCUCCCCCACCCCUCAGCCCAACUUCUUACCCCAAAGCACUGCUCCCCUAACCCUCCUCCCAGCUCCCCUACCGUCUCCCACCAUCUCUCGCCACCCUGGGCCGGGCAAUGGAGGGGGGACAUGGGCUGGGGGUGGCUGGUAGGGGCAAGUCCACCAUCCUCCUUGGCCGCAGAUUCCCGUUGAAGGAAACCCAGCCCAAACUCCCGUUUUUUUUUUUUUGUUGUUGUUUUUUUUUUUUUUGCUGGAAUAUUUUGGAGGUUGAAAUUCAAAAAAGAAACAAAUAUAUACAUCAAUCUUUUCUCA